AUGCCCAGCGAGGGCUCUAGCCCACAGAYCUCUGCGGCCUAUGCCGCCUGCGCUGCAGCAGUCAGGACCGCCGCGAACCGUUACCAGGCGACAGCCGGGGCGMGCUUCCUGAGUGACGUUAUCUUGCACCCACCCCCUGAUGGGAGGAGGUCCCGCCCUUGUGGAGGCGUGGCGUCCUGCUCCCCCUACCUCCGUGAACAGUGGCGACUGGAGGUUCUGUGUCAGCUUUGUUGUACUGGGGAUGGCGUGAGGCUUACUGGACCUGGUGGUUGUGGGCAGCCAAACGGGAAUCUGGGUCACCUGAGAGCAGUUAAAAAGAUUAAGCGGAGCUGUAGGCGCACAAUAUUCUAUUCAGUUUUCUUCAAUCACCUUGGUAAUAUGAAUGAGCAAAUUGUCAUUGGAAGAUGUGAUGAAGCUGCAAUUCUUCCUUGCUCAUUUGAGAGUGAGCUCAACAUUGUAAUUCACUGGAAGAAUCAAGAUAAUCACAGUGUGCACAGUUACUACAAAAACGGUGACCAGGUGGAAAAACAUCCCAAAUAUGCAAAAGGGACAUCCCUCUUCCAUAGUGAGAUUCACAAUGGGAAUGCCUCUGUGAGAAGAUUAAGCCUUCUGGAUGAAGGAAUUUAUGUCUGCUAUGUGGGAACAGAAACUGGGCAUAUCACAAACAAGGUGUUGCUUGAGAUGGGAGCUAUCUUCGCACCUGUGAUGCAGUAUGAAAAGAGGAACACGAACAGCUUCCUGGUAUGUAGUGUGUUAAUUGUUUAUCCUCUUUCACAUAUUAUGUGGAGAAUGGACAAUGCAAUAGGGAAUAAAUUGGGUAUUGAGUCCUUUAUCACUUCAUUCAAUAUCACAGGAUCAAAUUCAUCUUAUUAAUGUGCUAUUGAAAAUUAAUUGCUGAUGCAAAGAUGGACAGGGUGGACUUCGAACCAUGGAACAAUCCAUGGCACUUCAUACAAGUCAGCCUACAGAGCAAGAAUGACAGAAUGGAACCAGAGAGAUGGCUUUUGGAAAAUGCAAAAUGAUCACAUUUCACUUUUAUGUCAAGUUAUCAGUGAUUUUUCUCUACUGAAUCAAGACUUCAGAGUUCCAUGGUCCAGAGUGGAAAGUGGGACUUCCUCUCUCCUGGCUUGCUCACAAAACACAAUUAUCAAUGACCUUGAUUCUCAUAAAUAAGUGACUUCUCUGACAGAUCWUACCCCUUCAGACAGUACAGAAUAUUUGUGCACUAUUUCUUCAAGUGAAUAGACUUUACUCACCAUCCACAUGCUACCUGUAGAAUUAUGUUGUGCCUCUACUGAUCAGAGAGCUAGCAGAGAUGUUAAUUCAGAAGAAAAUGGGGCCCUUUUUGCUUCAUUCUUUGUUAGAAAUAACUCCAACAAAGUCAAAUACACGGCAUCCGUUUUGGAUGCCCUUCAAGCUCUUGCAGCUGAGUGA